AUGUUACGGCCGGUGAAAGGAACGGGGAAAAGGGCGCGGCGGAGCAAAAUCCGGUGGGGAAAAAGUGGCUCUGAGUACCAAAUUGUCACGCACUCGCUGUCUCAGAUCGGAUCGGAGGGGAAGGGGGAUGAGAUUUGGGCUUGUGCCACCCUUACAAGUGGGCCCGUGCCAACUGGCCACGGGGCCCCAACUCACUCGUCCACCGCAUCCACCACUGGUGAUGUAGGUGUGACAGGCCUCGCCGCCGAGGCCGAGGAGGCGCUCAAGGAGAUGGUGUCUCUGGGGUACCAGCCGGAUGCGUUUCAGUUUGGGUUGGUGGCGAAAUGCUAUGGGAAGGCAGGUCAAUUGGCUGAGAUGGAGAGGGUGAUUGCAUCCAUGUCGGACGCUGGCAUCCGGCUGGGCACUGGCGCGGCGAACAUUGUCCUCUCAUGCUACAGCGCUUGCCGUGACCAUGGCAAGAUGCUAGCGUGGCUGAAGAAGAUGCGGAAGUUGCGCGUUGCACCGACAACCAAAGCCUACAAUUUCGUGCUCAACUCCUGCCCGACGGUGGUGUCGAUGGCUCGGCAAUUGGACCCUUCGCUCCCGCUGUCGGCGGCGCAGUUGGUGAGGAAGCUCAAGUCUGCAUCUCCAUGGCCGGCAGAAGCUGAGGUGGUGCAGGAGCUUCUGGCAGCCUCGUCAGUGUUGAACAAGGCGAUGGUUUGGUCAGAAACUGAGGUGAAGCUGAACCUGCAUGGGUUCAGUAUAACUUCAACCUAUGUGCUGAUGCUGCAGUGGGUGGACUCAGUGAAAGUGAGCCGCACAUUACCAUUGGAAGUGUCUGUGGUGUGUGGUGUCGGGAAGCACAGCGAUGUCCGAGGUGAGCCCAAAGUGCGGGAGCUGGCACAAGAGGUUCUGAGCCGGAUGGGGAGCCCUCUGCAGCUGUCCGUGAGGAACAAAGGCCGGCUCAUGGCGAAGCGAGACAGGUUGAAACAAUGUCUGGCCACUGAGUGGACUUCCGUGGUGCCUGAGGAGAGCACGGAUCAGUCACCCAAUGCAAGUGAUCAGCACCCAUUUUUGCCCAAUCUUUUAAGGAAACUUGGGCAGUUCUUUUCCUCAUUUGUGCCAGUUUCCAGAUGAAUGGCAAGCUGUUUAUUGUAGAGUAGGAGGUUCAGAAU